AUGGCUUCAAGGAGAGGUCCGAUCGGUCCGCCGAAAACAAAGGAUCGCGGCCCGGAGAGUAAAGAAGAUACGCAGACCGACUUUGCCGCCAUGAAUGUGCUUGGAAACACACCCGCGCCAACAACCGCCAUUGACGCUUGCGCCUACGAUGGAUUUGCCCUCAACUCGGGCCUGAAGAUUACAGGAUCCGGAGUUCUGCUUGUUGGCGGAGAUGCUUUCAAUUGGAAGCCGUGGAUCAGAGAGGGACGCAAGGAGGGCACAAUCGGGGAAGGCGCGUUAGGCGACGACGACAAGGGCGUUUCCAGCGUCGGAGGCAGCAUGCGUAACAAGAAGGGUCAAUGGGAGGUCGCCGAACACAGCUGGGGCAUCCUCGAUGCCGUGUGGCCCAAGCCUGAUCUCCUUAUCCUAGGUACCGGCCCUACCAUUGUGCCCGUGUCGCCCGAGACGCGAAAGCAGAUCAGCGAUUUGGGAAUCCGUCUCGAGAUUGCAGACACGCGUAACGCUGCAUCUCAGUUCAAUCUUCUGGCCACCGAACGUGGUGUUCAACAGGUUGCCGCGGCUUUGAUACCCAUUGGGUGGAAGGAGGGCACUUAUUGA